AUGUCUCUCAUGUCAAUAACAUCGUCCAAGCUGAACCGCACCGACAGUGGCCCUCCUCAUAGUGUUGCGAGUACUUUCCAUGUACUAAAUCUUGGAGACGAGGUCGCAAGCCAUACACAUUCCAAGGUUCCAGCCAGUGUGACGGAGUCUCUGAGAUCAUCUGUUCCCGGAGGCAGUCAAACAUCGGCAGAUGACUUUUACCAUGAUGUCCCAUCAAGCAAGAAGCAGAAGUUGGAGCAUUUCAAUAUUGUCUCCCCAAAUACCCACACCGAGAUGGAAAGGAUAUUAGCAAGGCUUUCUCCCAAGCCUCAGCCGUCCGAGGCCAAGCUACCCGUGGACCAGAGCCUGUUUUCAAGGAUACCUAGCGAGCAGCACUUGCUGAAGCGACAUAGCCAUCACAUGUUUGAUGAUGAGACGAAUCCAGACUUUAGUGAUGAUCAUACAGACCUUGACAAGUCUCCCAGUAGUUUACCAUCAGGAGAAAUUCCUCGCACAUCAACUGAUCUGGUUGAAACUGAGCCGUCGCAGGCAGUUCACAUCGACAUGGCCGAGGUGUUACGUUUGAAGCAGGAACUACUGGCUGCCAACUCAACGAUAGCCCUGCAAGAGCAGGAAUUAGCCCAGACUCGAGUGAUCAAACAUACUAUAGACCAAGCACUCGGACCCCCUUCUGAAGCCGAGUUCAAUGGACGAGAAGUAACAGAACAAACAAUCGCCAAUUUGCAAAGUGCAUUUAAAGCGUCACAGACAGGCUUUACCUCUAUCCAGGACGGCUGGAAUACGCAAGAUGACUCUCAGUCCGACAUGUCUGAUGCUCUCUCUGCUGGAGCAUACAACAGGAAUCGGGCAUUUUGGACAUCUGCAACCCAGCAAGCGAUGAGCACAAACAUGAGCCCGAUCAAGGAAAGACCUUAUGGAGAACCAUUCCGUUUGCCUUGCAACAGUCCCUAUAGCGAGGACUCUAACAGAUUCUGGACUGGCUCGAGUACAAACUCUUGCGUGCCGAGCCACGAUGUUUUUCAAUCACACCGAGUUUUCUCAGGACCGGCCUCGGGAUCUUUCACCCUUGAUUCCAAUAUUCCUGAGGAACAAGCUAGGUACCUUCAGGCUCCAGGGCCAGGGCCGCGGCGCUCAUUCACCCAGAAUAGCCGUGGUGGACCAUGCUUCCCAAGCCACGGUACUCCAUGGCCAGCUGCCUUUGCAUCAAGUCCCGAGUCAACCCUUUCAAGAUCUUCCAUAGAAAGGUCCAACGGUGCUUACCAACAACAAGUUGCAAUGUAUCCAAUUCAUACAUACCAUCAACGCCCAAUUGGCACCCCACUCUCACCAACAGCCACAGAGUUCAAUACGUCUAAUUCAUGGCAAUCUUCGUCGGUGGGCACAAAUCCCAGCCAAACAUACAUUUCACCAUUGGAACCAAUCAACUACCGACGACUGCUUGACAAAAACGUUUCUUGCGAUUGGAAAUAUAUAGUCGAUAAGAUCGUAUGUAAUAACGACCAGCAAGCUUCAAUAUUCCUACAACAAAAGCUCAAGGUUGGGACAACUGAGCAAAAGUAUGAAAUCAUAGAGGCAAUUGUACACCAAGCCUAUCCGCUCAUGGUAAACCGCUUCGGGAACUUUCUCGUCCAACGCUGCUUCGAACAUGGAACUCCCGACCAGAUCAUUGCAAUCGCCAAUGCUAUCAAAGGGAAUACCCUGAGCCUGAGUAUGGAUCCGUUCGGUUGCCAUGUGAUACAAAAGGCCUUUGACUGCGUCCCAGAAGAGCAUAAAGCGGUCAUGGUCCAUGAACUUCUGCGGCGAAUACCAGAAACUGUCAUUCAUAGGUACGCGUGCCAUGUCUGGCAGAAACUGUUCGAAUUGCGAUGGAGUGGAGAACCCCCGCAGAUCAUGAGUAAAGUAAACGAAGCACUAUGCGGGAUGUGGCACGAAGUCGCAUUGGGCGAGACGGGAAGUCUGGUAGUGCAGAACAUAUUCGAAAAUUGCGUCGAGGAUGAAAAGCGCCCUGCUAUCGAAGAGGUGUUAUCAAAGAUCGACAUACUUGCCCACGGCCAGUUUGGAAACUGGUGCAUCCAGCAUGUUUGCGAACAUGGUGCCCCACACGACAAAAGCCGCGCCGUUGAGCACAUUCUUGCUUGGUCAGUCGAUUACAGCAUGGACCAAUUUGCUUCGAAGAUUGUGGAAAAAUGCCUGAAGAUUGGCGGCUCCGAGUUCCUAGAUCGCUACCUUGCUCGAGUAUGCACAGGCCGCAGUGAUCGCCCGAGAAUGCCUUUGAUUGAUAUUGCUGGGGACCAAUAUGGCAAUUACCUUAUUCAAUGGAUAUUGAUAAAUGCCUCACCGCAUCAGCGUGAGUUGGUCGCCAGCCAUAUUAGAAAACAUAUGGUGUCCUUGCGUGGCUCUAAGUUCGGUUCCCGCGUGGCUAUGCUAUGUUGCAACCAUUCUCACACAACUCGUCCCGGGCCAGGUGCCGGCCUUUCGGUCAAUCGUUUCGGCAAUUUCGGCGACGACAGGUACCAGAUGCCUGGACAACACGGCGGACGUUUCAGUCGCGCAACUCAGUGGAACCCCAACUACCCGCCAUUUCGAUGA